AUGGAAGAUGGAUUUCGGGCCAUUGUAAAGAUCCCAUACUGGAUAUCCGUACCCAAGACAUAUGCGACUGCCAGUGAAGUUGCAACCCUGACAUUUCUCCGUUCCAAGGGAAUACCCGUUCCUGAAGUAUAUGGAUGGUCCUCAACCGCCGACAAUCCAGUCGGUAGUGAGUAUAUUGUCAUGGAACAUGCUACAGGGGUGGGUGCCGAUACUCGUUGGUUCAAUAAUACAAAAUACCAAAAGCACGCAUUGGUUACAGGGAUUGUCGACAUCGAGAAGAAACUGUUCGACAUCCCCUUUAGUGCUGUUGGGAGCCUUUAUUUCAAGAGUGACCUUCCACCCCAGCUACAGGGUCCGUUAUACGUGGCGGGCACGCCGGAUGAAGCUGGAGACUCAGAGAUAGGACCCUGGUGCGACCCGAAGAACUUUCUUCUUGCAACGGCCGAAAAGGAAGUCAAGUGGAUCGAGAGAUUUGGGAAGCCCCUUGAAAGUGAUUUCCCUCACAGUACCGUUUUUCCUGGAAUCAACUCCCCCCAGGACUACUUGGACCUCCUCAGGAAGUACUUGGCAAUCGCGCCGUAUCUUCUUCCAAGGGAGCCUGGGAAUAAUCUGAGCCGACCUACUCUACGCCAUCCUGAUCUCACCCCUAGCAAUGUCUUCAUUUGUCCCGACACAUUCAAAGUCACAUCCGUCAUUGACUGGCAACACACCGUCAUCGCCCCGUUGCUUUUUGCCGCUGGGUACCCCAAGCUAUUUGAAAACCCCGAGCCUGAGCCGCCCACUGGCUUGAUACCACCAAAGUAUCCGCCCGGUUACGACACUAUGAGUCUCGAACAAAGAUCUCAGGUCGAUGAGCUCAUCCGCCGGCAAAGUCUCUUCUACCUCUAUCGUGUCUUCAACGGCGGCCUCAACAAACUACACCUUGAAGCCCUGCGAGACCCGCUCAUUCUACAACGCCAGCACCUUGUAAAUUGCGCAGGCCGCCAGUGGUCAGGAAACCUCAUGACGCUACGUGGAGCUCUCAUGCGCAUGCGUGAUCUUUGGCCUCAUCUCCCCGGCAAGAAUGUCCCUCUCGAAUGCCCCAUAGGAUUCUCGGCACAGGAGAUACGUGACCAGACUGAGAAUGAACCCAUGUGGUGUAAUUUAAACACACUCGUCAGUCAUUGGCGCAACGAACUAGGAGGGAUUUCAGAAGAAGGCUGGCUGCCUGCUGAGAAGUAUGACGCGGCCGUAAAAAGGAAUGAAUCCCUGAAAGCUGAACUCUCGGACGGCGGCAGUCCAGAUGAGCUGCAGAAGAUCGAACGUGGUUGGCCAUUUUAGGAUCACGAGGAGUUUUUCUAAUAGGGGACACUGGAUCGUUGGAAGUUGUGGCACUGUCUGUCUUCCUGCCUCUUAUGUCUUGAUAGUAAGUAGAGGAGAUUAGAGUGAGG